AUAUAUUGAGAUUAUUAUUUAGUAUAUGGCUCUUACUGAAAAUUAUAUUAAUAUCUUGGAAACUGACGAUAAACUUAAGUCUUAUGACAUGGACAAUAAUAUAAAUAAUAAAUCUGAUGAUUGGAAAUCUAAAUUAAAAUUGCCACGCAAGGACAUGAGAAUUAAAACUUCAGAUGUUACUGAUACAAAAGGCAAUGAGUUUGAAGACUAUUGCCUUAAAAGAGAGUUGCUUAUGGGCAUCUAUGAACAUGGUUGGGAAAAGCCUAGUCCCAUUCAAGAAGCAAGUAUUCCAGUUGCACUGAGUGGAAGAAAUAUUUUAGCCCGUGCUAAAAAUGGCACAGGAAAAACUGGUGCCUAUGCUAUUCCCAUAUUAGAAAAAAUUGUACAACAGUCUAAUCAAAAUGAUAACUCUGACAUAUAUAUUCAAGCAAUAGUUAUAGUACCUACUAGGGAGUUAGCUCUCCAAACCAGUCAUAUCAUGAGGCAAUUAGCCAAACACAUGAAAAUUCAAAUUAUGGUUACCACAGGUGGAACUGAUUUAAAACAAGACAUUAUGAGAAUUUACCAAAAAGCGCACAUAAUUAUAGCCACGCCUGGUAGGAUAUUUGACUUGAUUCACAGAGAUAUAGCCGAUGUAUCAAAGUGCAGAAUGCUGGCUUUGGACGAAGGGGACAAACUUUUAUCUCAAGAUUUUAAGCACCUUCUGGACCGUAUUAUAGACAAACUACCCGAUGAUAGGCAGAUUUACCUUUACUCCGCCACUUUCCCCCUCAACGUUAAAGCUUUCGUAGAGAAGUACCUGAAAAAUUUUCUCGAGAUUAACUUGAUGUCGGAACUGACCCUCAAGGGAAUCACCCAGUACUAUGCUUUCGUACAGGAGAGGCAGAAAGUGCAUUGCCUGAAUACCCUGUUUUCUAAGCUCCAAAUAAACCAGGCCAUUAUAUUUUGCAACACGGCAACUCGAGUAGAAUUGCUGGCCAAAAAGAUAACCCAACUGGGGUAUUCCUGUUUUUACAUCCAUUCCAAGAUGGCUCAACAGCAUCGUAACAGGGUCUUUCACGAUUUCCGCAAUGGAAAGGGCAGAAACUUGGUUUGCACAGACUUAUUCACGCGCGGCAUAGACAUUCAAGACGUAAACGUUGUCAUCAACUUUGAUUUCCCCCGCCUCUCUGAAACAUAUCUGCAUAGGAUAGGUAGAUCAGGCCGAUUUGGACACUUGGGCAUAGCCAUCAACUUGGUUACUUAUGAAGAUAGAUUCGCGCUGCAUUUGAUCGAACAUGAACUCAACACAGAGAUAAAGCCCAUCCCAAAAACCAUAGAAAAACGCUUAUAUGUUGCGGAAUUUCAACAAAUAGACGCAGACGGGGCUGAAAGUAAUUUAUCUAGCCUUAAUAACGUAGACCAGCUGCCUAAUGGUUCCAACCACGAGGGUGCGUCUUUGGUAAAUGGCAUGGAGCGGAUCGAGAUUGUUAACCACACUUGAAUUAUAUUAUUCCUAUCUUAUCUUCCCCAUGAUUAAUUAAAAACUAACAAUCUUUUUCCUUUGAUUAAUUAAAAUAAAUUAUAUUCCUUUUAAAUGAUAAAUUACAUUGUUGUAUAUAGUUUGUUCGUUUAAAUUAGUUAGAUUAUAUUAUGACUAUUGAUGAUAUUCUCCCAAUCCUAAACCAUUUAAAUAACACGUUUUGUCCAAUGCAUAUAAAACAUUGAUAUAGAAUAAUAUAUUUUCAUACAUAAACAAACAUAAUACCUUACAUAAUUUUUAUUCUUCUUGGAAAAUUCCCUCCCCUUCCCCCGUUCUCUCGUUUAUUUAAUAAAACCAUUCAUAGGUGCCCUGUACUAGUGAAUCCUAAUUUUUUUCUCGAUGUUUCUAGAAACUUAUAUACUCUUUACUAACUAUAAAACUCGAUACACUACUUUAAUACUUAUAUUUACUACAUGAUACUAUGUCACAUUUUUUGAAACUAAAAAUCCAAAAAAAAUUAAGACAAAUGAAAAAGGUAUUUGUCUUCAAAUAUUAAAAGAAAAUAUGUAUUAUAAUAAAAUAAUUUUCAUGUAAAUAUUAACCCAAAGCAAUUUACGUUAAAAAAUUUUUUUUUGAAUCUAUUAUCACUUAUCAUAAAUGAUAUUAUUUAUUUAAUAAAUUUAUUAUAUAUUAAAAUAAAAUUUGUAAAUAUAAUUUUAUAUUAGAUAACCUAUAUUAUAUAUAUUUUUUUGAUAAUAUUUAAAGAAAAAAAUUUAUACGAACAUGAUUUAAAUUGAUGGAGAGUGUCUAUGAAUUCAAAAGACUACGCCAUACCUACGACAUCACUCUCUAAAAUGAACUUAUGAUUAAUCUACUAUUUUAACUUAUGCGGUGUUUCUGGCCCACCACCAUGUUCUUGCAAAACUCGACAUAUUCAUCUACUUGCACCGCCCCUCAUUUUUUCGAGUUAAACAUUAUUGGCCUUUAAACGCGUAGCACAUAUAUAUAUAUAAAAGAAACACUAACUUAUAUAAUAUUUAUAGUAUUUUUUUUUAUCGCGUCUCUUGUUUUGUUUUAUAAUUAUAUUUAGCGCCUAUUAUUUAUAUAAUGCAUGAUGUAUAUUAUGUCCGUAUGAAUGAACGAGCAAAUAUGAUGCGUGAACGAAGAAAAUAGUCCAAAUAUAUUAUUCGCGAACGAAUGAAUGAAACUAUCUGUCUCGAAUCUACGAACGAAUCAAUCGCGCGCUUGAUAUUUUAUUUAAUUUUUUUUUGAAAUAUUAUAUUUAAUAUUUGUUUGGUCGUUAAAAAAAACUUUUUUGUUUAUUUUCCGAACAAAUUUUUUUUUGCUCAAACAAGAAAAAAAAAGGACUAUAGUUUGUUAUUAUUUAUAAAUUUUCAAAAUAGUUUGUAAAAAAUUCAUUUUUGGAAAUUUUCUUCCACGUCUUAUAUUACCCCCCCCCCCCUUACCUUCUAAACCUUUUUGUUUUUAGUUAAAAUUUUUCUAUUAGCCACAUCUAUCUUCAUUUUUUUUUACAAUUCCCCGAUAUGGUAAAUUUAAUCAUUAUUUUUAUGUUAACAUUAUUAUUUGAGAAGUUGUAUAUUUUUUAUUAUUUUAAAGAGGAUAGCUGGUAAAAUGGCAUGUAAGCCGUUGGGCUGGUCUUAAAAAUAUAUCUAAUAACCUUACCUCUUAUUAGAACGGACUUUUUUUUAAAAUCUGCUGUUUUUAUAAAGAUUUAAAAGAGGUUUUUAUUAGAUAUUUCCUUGAAGAAAAUACAAAAAAAAAUCCCAAAUCUUUUAUAUCGAAAUUCAAGAACAUAAUUUGAUUAAAAUAAUAUUUUUGUAAAAUUUUUUUUUGAAAAAAUGUUAUUUCAUUUUAAUUUUAUGAUUUUUUUUUCUCCAAACUAAAUUCAUAGAUUUGAUUUUAAAUUAGUUUUUUUUCUCGAAAUUCUGACAUUGAAUAAAGAUUUUAAAAUUAAAAAA